AUGCCACCCAAGACAGGGAGAGGCAGGGGGAAGAGGCUGGCUGGUAAAUACAGAACUCAGAAGAGGAAAGCAGAGGAAACUGAGGAUUUAGAGGUCCAAGAAGACAGCACUGAGUCUCCAACCAGAGAGAGAAGGAGGAAAUCCAAGAAAGAUGUCAGUCCUUGUCCAAGUAAAACUCCAGAGCGGUCCCCAGAGGGUUCCAGGUAUCCUCAGCAGUCUGAAAGGUCUCCUCAACAGUCUAGGAGGUCUCCUCAGCAGUCGCAAGAGUCUCGGCAGCAUUCACCUUCUCCCCCUCCUCCUCGUAACAGACAGCCCGAAUCCUCGGAUGAUGAAGAUGAGUCAGCUUCCCCCACCCUCCCUGCAGGCAAGUCCAAGUCCAAGCCUCAAGUGGGCAAGGGCAAGGGCGACAAAGGGAAAGGCAAGGCCCAGAAUGAGAACCCACCCCCUGGUGCACCAUACAGCUUCACAAAGGCGCAGGAGGAGGCAAUCGCUCGCUGGGUGGUGAGUAAGAAGCUACUGUAUGACAUGAAGGACAAACAGUACAAAGACAUUAAGGAGGCAACUAUGGGAGGGAAAUGCUGCGGAGUACGGGAUGAUUCAAUUCAGAAAUGGUACCACACACAGAGGACUCGAUUCUCGAAGCUGCGGGAGGGCCAACCCAAGAAGAAAUCCCAGAAGAGGUCCGGUGAUGGUGUGUCGAGUGGUGACGAGGAAGACCCCAUCCUUGCCGAGGAGACCAGUGAGAAUGACAGUGACCGUGACAAGUUCAUCCGCCGGGUCUUUGGGUUCCUGAAGCCACACCUCAGACGUUACAAGAAGGAUACACCAGCUAGUUUUAAGGACAAGUUGGCCCUGGCUGAGACGGGUGAGCUGGCUGGGCGUGACGACAGUAGCAUGGCAAGCAGUCUUGCAAACGAACCCAGGGAGCCCACCAAGAAUUACCAGAAGGUGUCCAGACAGUUCAGGAUGAGGGAAGCGGCUGGUGACCAGAUCAGUCCCUUAGAAGAUGUCCCGUCAGCAUUCCAGUCACAGCAGCCACAGCAGCAGAGGCCAGUUGCUGUGAUCCCAGUCUGCACAUCUGCCACCUACUCAAGAGUCAGCCAACUUCAACAGGAGAGUGCCCUCCCCAGCGGUACCCACUACUCCGCCAGCACAGCUGCCUCCUCACCGUCAGCAGAGUUCCAGCCAGGUCCCAGACAGUGGCCUAUGAAACCACCUCCGGCAUCAGUGUGGAGAUCCCAGGAGUGUGGCUACGUAGAGCAGGCGAACCAGCAGUACAACGUAGAACAACAGCAACAGCAGCAGUACCAUACCCUCCAGCCAGCCAGCACUUCUACAAUCAGGGCUACGUACCUUCUCCUCGCCAGGCUGCAUUUGUCCAACUUCCUUCUCAGCCUCCUCAGCAGCAAAUCGGAGGUCCUUGGCAGCUAA